AUGCCGCACCGCGUAGCAAACUUCUUCCGCAACUCCACCACAACAAUUGAGCACCAAGUAACAGCCAUCAAGAAGAACACAAUCCGGAGCAGGACAAAGUCCCCAAACAGGACAAACAGCGGGCUGUCGGACCGCGAGUCCAGGAGCCAGGAGAGAGUGGUAUCCACAUACGCAUCAUCAAUAGAAGAGGACAUGGACAGCUCACGAGAACACACACCUGCACCCGCCUCCAGGAGACCCACAGACAACACGCCACGGCUGUGGUCAAAGGAGGCACAUCAUGAACACAAGGACAAGGAGCACCACAGGUUAUCAUUCCCUGGUCUGCACGCCCUGCACCUCGGCCGCUCAAGCAAGGACGUCCACUCAAAUCCCCACGCCAACCUGAGCUGGAAGAUCGAGUCACCUCCAAUAAUAUUCCAUGGCGAUGCAGAGAACAGCUCCGGUGCCCUGGUCUCGGGCCAGCUGUUCCUGGAGAUCAAGGAGGAGUCCUACGACAUCGAGAGCUUCAAGGCCACCCUGCACAUCCACGUCACGCAGAAGAAGCCCUUCACCGUGCACUGCACCGACUGCGCCAACCAGCACACCUUGCUCAAGGAGUGGGUUCUCCUGCCACACGCCAUGCCACUGAAGCAGGGCAUCCACCAGUUCCCCUUCUCCAUUCUGCUGGAUGGCCACCUCCCGGCGACGAUGGACAACCCCAUCGCCAGCAUCGCCUACGAGUUCAAGGCCGAGGCCAUUCCCGGCAGGCCCAACCAGCAGCCCAUCAAGCUGGAGAAGCUGUUCGACGUCAAGCGCUCGCUCCCGCCACCCGAGCUGCCUCACCACUCCGUCCGUGUCUUCCCGCCAACAAACGUCAAGGCCAGCGUGCACUACCAGCAAGUCAUCCACCCCAUCGGCACAAACACCCUUUCCAUGCGCCUAGACGGCAUCGCAAAGGUCAACUCGUCAACCAACACCAUCGAGUACUGGAAGCUGAAGAAGCUCACCUGGCGCCUGGAGGAGACGCUCAAGACGGUCGCCCCCGCCUGCGACAAGCACGCGCCCAAGGCCGAGGGCGCCACCGAGGAGCAGAACGAGCAGCUGCGGAAGAAGGGCGUGGCGCGCACCGAGACGCGCACCAUCGGCGAGAAGACGCUCUUCGCGGGCUGGAAGUCGAGCUACGCCGGCCCGACCGACUCGAGCGUCGAGCUGGAGCUCGACUACGCCCUCAGCAAGCAUGCCAAGUACAGCUGCGACCUCAAGGCCCGCGACGGCACCGAGGUUAGCCACCAGCUGAUGCUGGAGAUGGUGGUGUCGCAGGAGUGCGCACCCGUCGGCAAGCCCAGCCUGGUCACGCAGACGGGCGUCGGCCGCAUCCUUCGCAUGCACUUCGGCACCGUCCUCACCGAGCGCGGCGGCAUCGGCAUCUCCUGGGACAACGAGGCCCCGCCCAUCUACCAGGACGUCCCGCCCAGCCCGCCCGCCUACUCUGACGAGCCCCUCUUCCCCGCACCCGGCGUCGAGGAGGUCUUUGAGACGCUCGACGGCCACCGGCCGCUUCCCGGGGCAUUGGCUGGGCCGAGCGGGAGCGGCAGUGCUGGUGGUAGUGGGCACGCAAGUGCCAGGAGUAGUAGGAGGAAUAGCGCCGAGGUUCACCGGUGA